AGUAGCCUUCUUCGGCCUGGCCAGCUGUGGCAGAUUGGACACCAACUACAUCCCCAGCAACCCAGACCACCACGUCGCCUCCAAAAACCCUCUGAACGACGUUCCCAUCCUCCGCCUAGACAACAACAAUGACGGCGAGACCUACAACUACGCCCUGGAAACUGGGGAUGGUAUCUCCGCCCAAGAACAAGGUGAUGCCACUGGAGAUGGUACCAAAGCCCAAGGGGGUUUCUCCUACACCGCUCCAGAUGGUCAGGUCAUCCGCGUCCAAUACGUAGCCGGACCUGAUGGUUUCCAAGCCCAAGGAGACCACCUUCCAGUAGCUCCGGAAAUCCCAGAAGAAAUCCGUAAAGCUGUCGAGCAGAAUUUAGCUGAUGAAGCUCGUGGUGUUGUUGAUGAUGGCCAGUACAGGCCCGAAGCUAGUCCCAGUGAGAAGUAUGGAGCUGCUGCGGUAGUGAAGAACCAGUAUGUUCCUGCGCAGACUGGAUACAAGGGUUAUUAGGGGGUUGACUGCUGUUUUUGAAAUUUUUAUGAACGUGUCUUGAAUGUGUGAUAAUAAAUAAACUGUUUAUUACAAUUG